AUGAUCUCUGUGGAUGUACUUUUAGGGCAGUUGGGGGAUUUACAACUAGAAGAUGAUUUAAAUAUUGUAUUGCAAUGGUUAUUACCAAAAGAACAUCAGUGCCAUCCACCCUCAUUAAGAGUCAAGGAUUCAAUAAAAAAAAUUGUACAGUUCUCUAAUAGACAAUUUAAUAAUGGUUUUAAAUUGUAUUAUUACGAUAUAGUUAGAGGUCAAUAUUUCACAUUUCUAAAUGCUCAUAUAAAUUCGAUUACGUAUACUCAAUUAUACAAAUUAGAGUCAGAGUUUUAUUAUCCCUUGCAAUUUAUAAUUAUCUUAAAUGAUGUAAACUCUAUGGAAGAUUCGUUAGAUAAUGUCAUAUUUUCUAUUAGACAUUAUUUUAUUGACACUAACAAGCAAUUUAGAAAUCAUUUAACUAGUGAAAUUAAAUAUUUAAUCUAUAAAGAAGAUUUUAAUCUUUGUCAGGAGUUAAUUAAGUGGAUUGAAGAGAGUAACAGUGAUAAUUUUAAUGCAAAGGGGUUGGUACUUGACAUAAUGUUGAAAGAAAUCGAAAAUAAUUGUCAUAGGUUGAUGAGGGGUAUUUGGAAUGAUAUUAAUAUUGUUAAGUGUUGUUAUGAUAAAUUUAUGAACGCUGUAUGGCCAGGUUUUAUUAAGUUAUUACAAACACCAGACAGUGUUUCGAGUAACAACACCAAUAAUAAUAAUAGGAAUACUAAUAUUACUGAUGAUAAAGAUAUAUUAGGAUUAAUCUAUAAUCAUUUUGAGAAGCAAUUUAUUGAUAUUAGAUUGGAUGAAAUUUUUGAAUUGAUCACAAAUUGUUCAAACACUGGACCUACUCUAUAUGAAUUGAGAGACACUAUCUCUAGAUAUAAUGGUUUAAUAGAUGAGUUUGUGAUCAAAUUUUUAGGUCAAUUCCAAAAGUUUAUAAAUGAUGAAUCCAGGAGCACAACUGAAAUUUUGGCAACAUUUAUUAUGAGUAUAGAUGUUUUCAUAUAUUUAAAUAUUCGUGACCAUUAUUUGAGAGUUUUGACCACUUUCAUUAAGCCCAUCUUAGCCUCAAGAAAUGAUUUGAUAGAGAUUUACUUAUAUUCAAUUUUGAAUCUUAACAAUAAAGAAUUUUGUCUUUUUAAUAUUAUUAAACCUGAAGGGUUUGAAAAAUUGAUAUAUGUUUUAAAAGGUGAUCAUUUGUUAUCGUUUACUUCCGUAUCUUCCGACAUUGGACCAUUACAUAUAAGGAAUAGGCAUAUCUCUUUUUCUUCUCCCUCUACUACCACUGUCACUACCACUACUUCUACUUCUUUGUCAUUUGCUUCUAAUAAUAAGCAGGAUGGAAUGAUAAUAUUUGAUUUGUUACGACAAUAUCAAGCAUGGGUGCCUGAUGGGAUAUCUAUGGAUCCAGGUAAAGAUAUGAAUAUGCUUAAACAGAACAAUAAUAUAAACAAGGCUGUGAGCACGAAUAAAAAUAUCAUGAAAAAUGCAGUAAUUUAUGGUAGAAGUAAUUUAAUAACAGAUUGUUUGCUUUCAAUAAUCGAUGAUAAAGAUAAAUUAAUUACGAUUUUAUUGAAUAUUAUUACAUUAAAAUUAUUAAAGACCCCCAAUAGAAAAUUAGGUAGAAAAUAUUUAGUCGCAUAUCAUCUUAUAUAUAAAAGAAUUCGAUAUGGUCAUAAUUUAAUUACAUUUAACGAUAUUAUUGUAAGUUUAGAUAAGCACACUAGUGAGACUAAUAAUGCCAAUAUUUCAAAUGAAAAUAAUUCAACACAAAAUGUUGAUGAUAUCGAUAGUGAACUAAUCAUAAAUGAUGGACAAAUAAAAAGAUAUAAUGAUAGAAUAAGAUAUGUUACGGCCAUUGAUGAAGAAGAAGAGAUAUUUGUCAAAUUCAAUAAGAUUAAUGUUAUGUUAGGGGAUAUGAAAGAGAGUGAUAGGUUGGAGAAACAUAUAAUGCAAGGUGAUGUCAGAAUAUAUCCUAAAUUUGUGACAUCAUAUUAUUGGAAUUUAAAGAAAAUAAAUCACAGAGAUCAUAACAGUGAUGCUGAAAAUAGAAUGAAGAUCAAUAAUCAAUUAGAAGACAAGCUUCUUUCAUAUACAAAAGGUUAUAAUUUCUUAAGACCAGGAAGGGUAAUUAAAUAUUGUAAAGAUGAUACAAUCGUUUCUAUAACAUUAUGUGAUUCUAAUACACAUACAGAGACUAAGCAUGAUGUUACAAUGAGUCAAUAUUCAAUAAUUGAAAAAUUUGAUAACAAUAUAUCAAAAAUUAAAAUAGAUGACCUAUCUAGACAAUGUGGGAUGACAGACUCAGAGUUGCUUAAUGCAGCACAGUACUGGAUAGAAAAGGGUAUUUUAAGAUACAAAGAUGGUAUUUUUUGCGCAUGUGAUAUGACAACAUAA